AUGAAUAAUAAUAUAAGUUUAAUAUCCACUAAUAAUGAUAAAAAUAAAGAAAUACUAAACAAUAAUAAAAACAUUAACCUUAAUUUUGAAGAAAAUUAUAAUUCUGAUACUAUACAAAAUAAUAUAAAUGAAAAUGUUACUCAACGUUCAGAAGUUUCAAGAAAAAUGAUUUAUUAUACUACUACAACUAUUCCUUUUUUAUCAAAAAAAUGUCUUAAUAAUGGUACAUUUGUUAAUGGUAAAUGUAAUUGUAUUUAUCCAUAUACAGGAAUUUUAUGUCAAGAUUUUGCCUGUGUUCAUGGAUUAUCAACUGGACCAAGAUAUAAUAAACAUAGUUUAUUUUUUAGUAAAAUGUGUAUAUGUAAUGAUGGUUGGGAUGGUGAAUUAUGUGAUGUUCCAACAACAGAACAAUGUAAUGAAAGAGGUAAUUAUGUAAAUGGAAUAUGCCAAUGUCAAGGAUUAUACUUUGGUGAAAAUUGUCAAUAUGUUAGAAAUUGUUUACAUGGUAAUUUAUCACAUGGUAGAUGCCUUUGUGAAUCAGGUUGGGAAGGUGAUUAUUGUGGAUCAAUUAUAUGUAGACAUGGACAUCCAAAUCUUAAAAACAAUUCUGAAAGUUGUAUAUGUCCUCCUAGAUAUGCUGGUAUACAUUGUGAAAGAUGUGCACAAAAAGGAAAACAUGUAACAAAAUAUCCUGAAUGUACAAUUGAAAUCAAAUCACAUACAUCUGAAAUAUAUCGUAAAAAGAAUGAUCAUCAAAUGCUUCAUAGAAUGUAUGUUAUUGGUGGAUCAGUGGCAUUUUUAGGUUUUGUAGUAAUUGUAGUAUUUGUAAGACAUUGGAUACAUAUUAAAUUAAAUCCACCUCAAGAAGAUAUAGUUGCAUUAAGAAGUCAAUAUUAUCAUCAACAAUUAGAAAAAUUAUUGUUAGAUAAACAAGCAAAAGAGAAAGCCGUAAAUUCAGAAAAUUUAUCAUUUGACGAAAAGAAUGAUAUUCCAUUAAUAACAUAA